AUGUAUCACUCACAAGCCAACUAUUCAUCGGAUGAGACAAAUACUAGUCCGUCGACUAAUCUAACGGACAGCGAGUCCGAUGAUAACCACGAAGACGAUCGCUGUUCUGAGGACGAGAUAAUUGAGAAAUUCAUAGAAAUACUGACUCCCGAAGACUACUCAGAAGGCAAAGACAAGAUUAAGUACACAAAGAAUUCAUUCACUGAACAAAUGGCAGCAAUGAGUCGUUUGGGAGUUUACGGCCAAAACGUGAGUCGAAAGACCGAAGGGUUUAAUAAAAGGAUUUCCAACCGUAUGUCCGAAGCGUUUAUGUCUAUUAAUUUGGAGCCGAGUUGUAUGCGAUCUUUGAUGAGGAUUCAGAGCGCCGGCAAGAAUGGGGAGCUUUGGGCCCUUAAGUUUAGCAUUUUCGACGCCCAGCCCUCAUUCCAGAUGACAGUGUUCGAGUUGGGCGGCCCCUCUCUGGGCAACUACGACCAGUGCCUAAGCAUUGAAAGUCCGCCAGAAGAAGAUGACCCGGGUGACAUUAAAGACUAUAACUCAAUGGAAAAUAUAGUCAAUUCAUCGGAAGCGAGCAAAAACCUAAUGUAUGGAAUGUUUGGCUCUUAUGUGCCAAUUGUUAUAUCCCGGGGUAACAAACAUAACUCGGACAUAUCCCUUGAAUUUCUGCCAUAUGGCCUCAAAAAAGAUACCAAGAUAAUAAACGGCUACUGUUUGCCUACCACUUGUAAACCUGAAGACCUGUCCGAUGCACUCAAUGAAAUCCCAUGCUGUAUCAACUUUAGACAGCUUUACUAUACCCAAUUACCCGAAUUCCGAUUAAAUUUCUAAACGAUUGUGAUUACAAAGACAAACCAGUUAAAUUGGAUAAACAGCAAAUAAUUGCCAUUGCAAUAUUAUCAUCAUUGCUUGCUCUGGUCAUUGUGGGCACUAUUUGUGAUUAUUUCUCAAAGACAUCGUUUAUUAACCGAUUACUCGGAGAAUCUUCAGCGGC